UCUUUCUCGCUUUGUAUUUCUGCCCCUGGAAGCUACCGAGGAGCUGUUUAUUUACAGGCAGCGGGGGAUAUAGGAAGACAAACAAGAAUAUGUAGAAUAUAACCUCCUAUUGUCUGUUACCAAAGCCUGUGAAGAGACGUGUCUUGUGUUAUCGGCAGACACCGGGCCUGCAUCUCCAUCAUUUAAACAACCUGCUGCCAACCUGAGCUAGCCUGAGCUAAGUUAGUCAUAUUAUUGACGUUGUCAGCCGUUUCUAGUAGUCGGACCGGGCCUCAUGAUUGAAUGACAGUUGUUGGCCUUUAACCUAUAACGGUGUGAUGUCCGUAUGCAUGCCUGGUGUUUGACAUUAGCGUAAGAACCACCCAGGAGAAUGAAUGCAGAGGAAGUGGAGCUGCUCAGCGACUCCAAGUACAGGAACUAUGUUGCAGCAGUGGACAAAGCCCUCAAGAACUUUGAGUACUCCAGUGAAUGGGCUGACCUCAUCUCUGCCCUGGGCAAACUCAACAAGGUUUUGCAGAACAACGCAAAAUAUCAGGUGGUUCCUAAGAAGCUGACGAUAGGCAAACGGCUGGCCCAAUGCCUCCACCCUGCCCUGCCCAGCGGAGUCCACCGUAAGGCUUUGGAAACCUAUGAGAUCAUCUUCAAGAUAAUUGGAUCCAAGCGGCUGGCCAAAGACCUCUUUCUUUAUAGCUCUGGACUCUUCCCUUUACUCUCCAAUGCCGCCAUGUCUGUUAAGCCUGUUCUGCUGGGGCUCUAUGAGAUGUACUACCUGCCCCUGGGGAAGACACUGAAACCAGGUCUGCAGGGGCUCCUCACUGGGGUUCUGCCUGGACUAGAGGAGGGCUCCGAGUAUUAUGACAGAACAAACACCCUGUUGGAGAAGGUGGCUGCAGCGGUGGAGCAGUCAGCGUUCUACAGUGCCUUGUGGGGCAGCAUCCUGACCAGCCCUGCUGUGCGUCUCCCUGGGGUUUCCUUCGUCCUGCUUCACCUCAACCGCAAGCUCUCUAUGGAGGACCAGCUCUACGUCAUGGGCAGCGACAUCGAGCUCAUGGUGGAGGCGGUCAGUACCUCAGUCCAGGACUCAAGUGUGUUGGUCCAGAGGAGCACGCUGGACCUGAUCCUUUUCUGCUUCCCCUUCCACAUGAGCCAGGCGACUCGCCCCGACAUGAUCCGGAUCCUGUCAGCGGCUCUGCACGUGGUUUUGAGACGAGACAUGUCCCUCAACCGCAGACUCUACGCCUGGCUGCUGGGCUUCGACAACAACGGGGUAAUGAUAGGCCCCCGCAGCACACGGCAGAGCAAUCCAGAGGAGUACGCCAGCCACUACUUCAACACCUUCUCUAAAGACAUGCUGGUCCAGGCAAUGGUGGGGAUCUUGCAGGGCAAAGCACGAGGCGGGGAAGAGGAGAGCAUCCUCAUGCAUGACCUCAAGCCGUUUCGCAUCCUCAUCAGUCUGCUGGACAAACCAGAGCUUGGUCCAGCAAUCCUAGAGGAUGUACUGAUCGAGGUGUUUCGGACUCUACACACACAGUGCCGAACAGAGUUGGACCUCCAAAACCAGAGUCCAUUCAGCAAGGACCACACACACCUCAGCAGUAAACUACGAGAGAACAAGAAAACAGCAGAACUGAUCAAAACCGCCAAUCUCCUGUUCAACUCCUUUGAGCCGUACUACAUGUGGGACUACAUCGCUCGCUGGUUUGAGGAGUGCUGCAGGAGGGCUGUGAACGUCAGCACACGUGCCCCACGGCAUUCUGGGAGCUCAUAUCCUGCUGACCUGUCACUGGUGGAAUUCUGUCAGCUAGUUGAUUUCCUGCUGGAUAUUGUUUCCUUGCCUACUAGAAGCAUGAGGGUAAUCUGCCAGGAGACGUACAUCGAGAUCCAGACGGAGCAUCUUCCUCAGCUGUUGCUGCGCAUGGUGGCGGCUCUGACGGGUCACCUGCAGGCCCUGGGUCUCGGGGAGCUCACGCAUUGCCUCCGUCUCUGCUCCAAGAUCCUCAGCAAAGUGCAGCCCCCGCUGGUGUCACCUCUGGCCCUGCCCUCAGGCCCCCAGACUCAGAGCCUGUCCAACUCAGCAAGGGAGAAGACAAGAGACAAGGAGGACAAACGGCCUCUCCCUGCUACUCUGGAGGUGCCCGGCAGCGGGGAGGUGUUCGAGGAUGGGGAAAAUCCUCCCAGCAGUCGCUCCUCUGAAAGCGGCUUCACAGACUUCGUCCAGUACCAGGGCGAUGGCCCCGAAGAGACGGAGCGAACACCUCAUCCGCACCCAGCUCUCAAAACAGGCCGCCGCUCCUCGGGCCCGUCUCAGACAAAACCUCUGGACAAACCGGUCAUGCAGUGCUGCCUGGAGCACUUCCAGCAGUUUCUCUCCCGCCUCAUCACCUUGUAUAUUAUCCCCGGGCAGGAGAACAAAGUUGAGGCGUUAAGAGGGGAGGUGGUGCAGUCGGGGACUCUGGUUUCAGAGGCCUCACAACAUAGUGAACAUAUGGAGCAGACAGAGUCAUGUUCAGGAUCUGGGCUGGUCCAGAGAGAGCGUAUUGCUGCCUUCACUGCAGCCUGCCAGCUUUUCCUAGAAUGCUCUAGUUUUCCAGUCUACAUCGCAGAGGGUAACCUGAAGGCCUCACCCCCACAAGAAGAACAGUUUGACAGCGAGCAGGUCCGUCUGCCAGUAUGGCUGCAGACACUGAUGGAUGCCUGCUGCCUGGCCAGUGACUUUUGUCUGCAGGGUGUGGCCAUUUCCCUACUUAUGGACCUAGUGGGACUUACCCAGUCCGUUGCUAUGGUGACCGCUGAGAGCGUGGCAUCCGCUGGCAGCUCCGAGUCUGCCCAGACCAUGAGCCCCAGCCAAGGUCGAGUGUCUGUUGUCAUCAGGCCCCCGCUCACUCAGGGAAUCUUAAAGCACAUCGCUGACAAGACAGACUUCUUCAAGAGUGUGGCUCUGAUCUUGUGGGACCAGCUGAGUGAAGGAACACCCCAGCACCAUCAGCGCAGCGUGGAGCUCUUCUACCAGCUCCACAACCUGGUGCCUUCCUCCAGCAUCUGCGAGGAUGUCAUCAGCCAGCAAUUAAUGCACAGGGACAAGAGAAUUCGGCUGGAAGCCCACGUGAAGUUCUCCGUGCUGUGGCAUUUGACACGAGAUUUGAACAUCACCAAGUCUUCUCCUUUUAAUCGCACCUUUGAUAGAUCGCUCUUCAUCAUGUUAGACAGUCUGAGUUAUUGGGAUCCAUGUAACAGCGCUGUUGGUCGGGCUUGGCUAAAUCAGGUCCUUCAGAGACAUGACAUUGCACGGGUCCUAGAGCCUCUCCUCCUCCUUCUGCUACACCCAAAGACCCACAGAGUUUCCAUUCAGAGAGUACAGGCCCAGCGUCACUGGGCCCAGGUCUUUCCUGACCCACCUGACCUGGAACCAUCAGAACCCAUGUACACUAGGGACUCUGGCUUCUCAGACAACUUCAGUCACAUCCAAGCACACAGGGUGGCACCAGAGGAGCUCCGUGGUCUCGCAGUGGGAGAUAUGGAGCCGUUCUGUCUUACUGUCAACCCACUGAGUGACAGCCUGUCCUUACUGAGCCUGAGCAGUGAGAACUUACAACUAGCUGGUGAAUAUCAGCCUGCUGACCAACAGGGGGAGCCCCAGAGCUCUGAAUCUAGUGGUUCUCAUUCAUCGACAGUAGAAAACGGCAGCUUUGAGGAGCAAGAAGGUGUCAACGGUGUAGUCAAUGGCUCAGACCAGCAGAAUAGUUCCUCAGUUGACCAUUCUGAUGACUCUAUAGAGGAGGCUGUGUCCUCUGUUAUGAAAGAGCUGAUAGAGAGGGUUGAACGUUUAGUAGAUGAGGGGUCUCUAGAAGCCCCAUUUCCACUUGAAAUCUGGCCUCAGACAGACACAGACAGUACAUCCUCAGAUACCUCCAACGGUGUCCGUCUUGACAACGGCCCACCUCACGGAUCCAAUCACCAGACUCUGCCGGAGAUGUUAGCUGAAGGCACGCUGGAGUUCCUUAAUGUCAUGCCAGCUGAUUUAGCAGCAGAGGAUCAGCACAGAGAGGGUAUCACCCGUCAUAGUUCAUCACCCUCCAUUGUCACGUUGCCAGACAGCUCGGACCCAGCCACCCCAGACCACAGCCUGCAGGUGGAUGACCCUCAGGCCCGCAAACGUAGCCAUAGCAGCACCCAGCUCAGCCUUAAAGGCAAGAUCAUGGAGAAGUUGGCCGACAAAUCUCCAGGGGCCAAGCCCAAGACCAAGAAGUCAAAGAGGAAAGAGGAGGAGAGGCAGAGAAAGGCAAACCAGUCCGAAAAACUGCAGCCACCCAGUAUUUUCUUUGGGGACAGUCUGGAUCUAGAAAACUGGUACAGCUGUGGGGAAGGUGAGGUAUCUGAGAUUGAAAGUGACACUGGUUCACCCAGCGGGGCUGCUAGUGGAAACAUCGGGGGUGUCAACGUCACAGGACGCAGAUCCUCCUCUGCCCCUCCUCGAUUUAACAUCCAUCCUCUUUAUCAACAUGUCCUGCUCUACCUCCAACUGUAUGACUCCUCCCGGGCCCUGCACGCCCUGUCAGCCAUCGCAGCCAUGCUCCGAUCCACUCCCUCAGGGUUUGUAAGUGCCAUUUCCACAACCAGCAUCAACAACACCUACACUCCACAGCUCUCAUUGCUCCAAAACCUCCUAGCCCGUCACAGGAUCUCAGUCAUGGGUAAAGAUUUCUACUGCCCCAUCCCCCAGGACUCCCACUCCCACACAUUCCGCAGCGCCAUGUACCUGGAGAUCAUCAUCUCACUCUGUCUCUACUUCCUAAGAAGCUAUUACUCUGCCCACGUGGCAGCGGGCCCUCAGGACUUGGCAGGGAACCGGGCCAUGCAGCUGACCAGUGUGGAGGUCUUAACUCUCCUCUUCAGCGAGCUCGGCAAAGUCACUGGCGGCUCAGCAAAGGGCUUUGCUAGUUUUAUCAGUGACGUCCUGUCAAAGUGCAAAGUUCAGAAGGUUGUUCUCCACUGCCUGCUCUCUUCUAUAUUCAGUGCCCAGAAAUGGCACGAGCAGCGGGUGGCAGGGGUCAACAUGGCCACGGUGGAGGAGGGUCUAUCAGAGGACAGUGUUAUCAACCUGUCAGAGGACCAGAUUGACAGCUGUAGCGCGGUCCAGUCCCAGUUGCUAAGACUUCUUCAGAGCUUAGUCGUACUGGAGCACAAAGUCCUGGUUCCUGCUGAAGAAGGUGGAGAAGGAGUACCUGUGGGGGCAGCAGCAGGAGGUGGAGGGACAGGAGGCGUCACAGGCGCAGGGUUCGAGAUCCUGGGUGGAGAAGUGGAGCACGUCAACCCUCAGCAGCCAAUGACAUCGCUGCAGUACCUCCACGGACAGCCUAUCACAGCGCAGGGUAUGUUCCUGUGUGCAGUGAUCAGGGCGCUUCAUCAACACCACGCGUGUAAAAUGCACCCACAGUGGAUCGGACUCAUCACGUCCACGCUGCCCUACAUGGGCAGAGUGCUGAGGAGGGUGGUGGCCUCAGUCACUCUGCAGCUGUGUAGGAACCUGGACAAUCUUCUUCAUCAGUACCUCUAUGAGAUCGGGAUAACUGAGACCAGACCCCAGUGGAUGGCUCUCUGUAUCCCUCCUGACCUAAUUCUGACAGUGCUGGAGGGGGUGACCGCCAUCAUCCAUUACUGCCUGCUGGACCCCACUUCCCAGUAUCACCAGUUACAAGUGAGUGUUGACCAGAAGCACCUGGCUGAGGCUCGUUCGGGCAUCCUGUCCAUCCUCCACACCAUCAUGUCCUCUGUCACACUGUUGUGGAGUGUUCUGCACCAGGCCGACAACUCUGACAAACCGGCGGCUGCCUCUGCUGCUUCCACUUCCAACAUCAAUCUGGGCUCUACUAAGAACCUCCGUCAGCAAAUCCUGGAGCUGCUCGGUCCAAUCUCCAUGAAUCAUGGUGCUCACUUCAUGGCAGCAAUUGCCUACGUUUGGAAUGAGAGGAAGCAGGUGAAGACUCCAGUCAGAAACAAGGUGAUCCCGUUAGCCAGUGAAGAGCAGCUGCUGCUGGUUGAGCUGGUUCGUUCGGUGAGUGCCAUGCGCACCGAGACGGUCAUGCAGACAGUCAAAGAGGUUCUGAAGCAGCCUCCUGCCAUCGCAAAGGACAAGAAACACCUGUCUUUGGAGGUCUGUAUGCUCCAGUUCUUCUAUGCAUAUGUCCAGAGGAUCCCUGUUUCCAGUUUAGUUGACAGCUGGCCAUCUCUGCUGGCACUGCUGAAGGACUCGGUACAGUUAGGCCUCCCUGCCCCUGGACAGUUUCUUAUACUGGGAGUUCUGAAUGAGUUCAUUUUGAAGAACCCCAAUCUGGAGAGUAAGAAGGACCAGCGAGAGCUGCAGGAUGUGACUCAUAAGGUGGUGGAAGCUAUUGGAACAAUAGCAGGCUCCUCUCUGGAACAAACCACGUGGCUGAGGAGGAACCUGGAGGUGAAGGCAUCUCCUCAGAUAGUUGUGGAUGGAACCAACCUGGAAACUGAUGUAGAAGAUUUAAUGCUCACAGUAAUGGAGGCCUCCAGCUUCACUCCAUCAGUGUACAGCGUUCACGCCCUCACACUGUUGGCCGAGGUGCUGGCUCAUCUGUUGGACAUGGUGUUCUACAGUGACGAGAAGGAGAGGGUCAUACCACUGCUGGUUAAUAUUAUGCACUAUGUAGUGCCCUACCUCCGCAACCACAGUGCUCACAACGCCCCCAGCUACCGGGCCUGCAUCCAGCUACUGAGCAGCUUAAGCGGGUACCAGUAUACCCGCCGUGCCUGGAAGAAGGAGGCCUUCGACCUCUUCAUGGACCACACCUUUUUCCAGAUGGACUCCUCCUGCGUCAGCCACUGGAGAGCCAUCAUUGACCACUUGAUGACUCAUGACAAGACCACAUUCAGAGACCUCAUGACUCGGGUGGCUGUAGCUCAGAGCAGCUCUCUGAGUCUGUUCACCAACAGAGACGCUGAGCUGGAGCAGAGAGCCAUGUUGCUCAAACGCCUGGCCUUCACCAUCUACAGCAGUGAAGUGGAUCAAUAUCAGAAAUACCUACCAGACAUACAAGAGCGUCUGGUAGAGAGCCUGCGUCUGCCUCAGGUGCCCAUACUUCAUGCUCAAGUGUUCCUGUUCUUCAGAGUGCUGCUGCUGCGCAUGUCACCUCAACACCUCACCUCACUGUGGCCCACCAUGAUCACCGAACUGGUCCAGGUGUUUCUACUGAUGGAGCAGGAGCUAACAGCAGAUGAGGACAUAUCAAGGACAUCAGGGCCAUCUGUGGCCGGGUUGGAGACCACAUAUUCUGGAGGGAACGGCUUUUCAACCUCCUACAACAGCCAACGCUGGCUCAACCUUUAUUUGUCUGCCUGCAAGCUCCUGGACCUGGCCUUGGCGCUGCCUCCUGAGAGCCUCCCUCAGUUCCAGAUGUAUCGCUGGGCCUUCAUCCCAGAGGCUUCAGAUGAUUCAGGACUGGAAGUGAGACGUCAGGGAACCCAUCAGAGAGAGUUUAAACCCUACGUGGUCCGACUGGCCAAGCUGCUGAGGAAACGAGCCAAGAAAAAUCCAGAGGAGGACUGCUCCACCAGAACCCUGUCGUGGGAGCCAGGUCACCUAAUGCUGACCCUCUAUGUGAUCCGCAGCAUGGAGCAGCUGCUACCCUUCUUCAACCUGCUCAGCCAGGUCUUCAACAGCAAGGCCAGCAGCCGCACAGGUCCCGCCUACACCAACAACCCCGCAGACGCCUCCUUCCCCGGCCACAAGGAGGGCCACAAGCUGGAGAGCCAGAAAGUGUUCUGGAGCCGAGCUCGACAGAACAUCGAGGAGAUGGUGGAAAAAGACUUUCUAGAGGGACUUAUCAAGACGUGAAAACACAACACUGGAUUAACAGAUAACUGAUCAACACUAGUGAAACACCUCAACUUGUAUAUGAAAAAAACAAGGGAAUACAAAUGGGGGAAAAAUAGUUUGUACAUUUUUUGUAUUUAUAAUUAUUAUUUUACUUUUCAAAAGCUAUUGUAUUUAAUUUUAAUUAUUUGUAUAUAUGGAGCAGCUUUGAUGACUGACUUUUAACAUUUCAUGUGAGUCCUGUGGGACAAAGUGAAGAUGCUGUGCCAUUCCAUAUCGAUGUGACUUAAUAAAGAUUUCUAAUGAGAGGGUUGCUCAGGCUAUGUCACAUUCAUAGUGGGCUUCAAACUGGGUUUACAUGAAGUCAUUCAUUGUAUUUGUAGUAUUGUUUUAGGUCACAGCAGGUAGCAGUUUGAAGUUUAAACGCUCUGAUAAAGCUGAGUCAGCCAGUAUUGCAACA